AUUGACCCGCUCGCCCGCGAAAGACGCAGUGGUCCUUCUGCUUUCUGCUCUCUGCAGGGGCGAAACCGGCGUCCAAGCUCGGGCUUAUCAGCUUAUCGGAGCCCAAACCCACGCCUCGGCCCCUCCAUCACAGCUUUCGUCGCCCUCCGCUAGGUACCCGAGCUCCUAGAUGUGUCACUGGCUACCUCUAUUGACUCACGACCCUGGCGGUCACGAUUGUGUCCCCCACAUGCAAACUACGACCCUCCACAGCCUCAAACUCGUUCCCUCCGCCAGUGAUGUUUUUUAGCUAACGACAGUUUAUCCCUCGGCCGCAGCACACUCAACUUCUCCUCCACUGUCUUCCGGGGCCGCUCAUCGAACUUUCGUCAGUUGCGAGUGAGCCCGGAAUGCGUCAUCGCCCUCCGCCAUGACUUGCACCCGUGUCUGGAAGAAGGCCUCAAGCUGCGGCCAAUGUCUUCAUCUUACCGAACCUCACCUUACCCGCGGACGGGCCCGCCUGCAAAGCUAUUCCCGAUGCCUGAUUUCUGGAAUUGCUCGCGGAUAUGCUUCCCAAGCGGGCAGCUCAAGCUCCAACUCACCAUCUCGCCUCGGCUCCGGUGCCGCUCGCUACAUGUCGGGAGCAUCUGCUGCCCGCGCCAGAAAACGAGCUCUCGACCGCGACUUCAUCGUCUCCGUCCUGGAAGUCUCGGCAACCAAGCGAGACGCGAAGGGGUAUUUACAAAAGUAUGCGUCCGAGAACCCCAAGUCCCUGGCCGAGGCCCCUAAGUUCGUCCAGGGAGGCGAAGACCAGCAAACAACGUCGGAUGUCCCUCAGCCACUGCAUGUGGCUAUCAUGAAACUCCGAGCCCCGCAAGAGAUCGACUCGGAGACCUUGCGCGGUGUCGGCAAGACACUGUCCCAGUUGCGCAAGCUUGGCCUGUCGAGCGUGGUUGUGGUCGACUGUGGCCUUGAGGAGAGUCGGUUGACUGCUCAAGACCAAGUCUUUCGGCUCUGUGACGCCAUCGACGCUUAUGGGGGACCGGGUACUAGGCUGGUCAAGGACAUGUUUUCUCAACGGGCGCGGGUCUCAGACAGUUCGCCAUCAUUUCUCUCGGACGACAUACAGCUUGAAGGCGGAGCCGUUCUCGAGAAGAUUCUCCAUGAUGGGAAAAUCCCAGUUAUUCCAUCUCUCGUUGCUCGCGAUCUAAUUUACUCGGCCCAGCCCGUGGACUCGAAUAAGAUCGUCCUGGCCCUCACAAGGUACUUUGCUGGAUUGCAGUUCAGUGACCAGACAGAAACAGACGGACGAGAUAUCGAACGAGCCGGGCCCAACACGGUUGCUACGGUAGAGAGAAUUAUCCUGCUCGAUCCAUUGGGGGCUAUCCCGGCUACUGGGCGUCGCGCCUGGCAUCGAUUCAUAAACAUCGAACAGGAGUAUAGCUCCAUUAUGAAGGAGCUCAUGGGCCCGGAUGGAUCUCCUCUCGCAGAGGCAAAUCCUGCCAAGGUCUCUGUGACAGCUCAUGCUGCUAAUUUGAACUUGGCCAAGGAUGCAUUGGCUAUGUUACCAUCUACAUCUUCGGCCCUUAUUACAACUCCGUUUGCUGCAGCGAACACGCAUACCCAUAAUUACGGGUCCUCAACAUCCAUCUCGUCUUUUGGUUUUGGGAACAUGGUCACUACGAGGCGCAAGAAGAAUCCUCUCAUUCACAACCUACUGACGGACAAGCCGGUCUUCUCAUCAUCUUUGCCAGUUCCGCGUGCACACAUGGGCGGCAAACCCCCUGAUUCUGAGCUGAUGAGCGUAUCGACACUUCUUAAGAGAGGAAUGCCUCUGACGAUUUUCCCAGACCCGACCAUCAGCCCAUGGCGUCCACCUGUACCCGGAGGACCCAGGCUGCGGUUGACAGAUAACUGUGUCGACUUGCCGCGACUGGUUCAUCUGAUUGAGGAUUCGUUUGGCCGAAAGCUCGACGUAGAAGACUAUUUGAACCGUGUUAAUGACAACCUAGCGGGAAUUAUCAUAGCUGGAGAGUACGAGGGCGGUGCCAUUCUGACGUGGGAACGCCCUUCAGGUAUGGAUGAGCGGACAGCAUAUGAACAGGGUCGACUUGUGCCGUACUUGGAUAAGUUUGCAGUCCUAAAGAAGAGCCAGGGCAGUGGGGGUGUGGCCGACGUCGUCUUCAACGCCAUGGUCCGAGGCUGUUUCCCCGAUGGAGUGUGCUGGAGGAGCCGGAAAGACAACCCGGUCAACAAGUGGUAUUUCGAGCGAUCCAUCGGAACGGAGAAGCUGACGGGGUGCAACUGGACCAUGUUCUGGACGACCGCAGGAUUGCAUUCUCAUCACCCAAACCUUGUGGACUAUGAAUCUGUCUGUCGAGAAGUGGAACCAUCAUGGGCGGAUAACAAGCACAUAUUGGAUUGAUAUGAACUGAAAAGGGGAACGGGCAGGAAGAAAAAAAAGCAAAGGCGGCCGGGGAAAAGGGAAAAGAAUGAAUGAAUGCUUCAGAAGGGGUUUAUUACGAUGUUAAGGAUUGAUUUACAGCGGGAGUUUUGGCUUGGUGCUCAAAAGUCAAUGCAAUAGACAAACAAUGUUCCAGUGAAGAAUGGAGACGCAUGCCGCGUACUAAGAUCUACACAAUUUUCGUGGUUGGCUAGCAUCCGCGUGCCCACCUGGUAAUCACAGGUAGGGAUUCAUAUUUCGCACUGAUUGUUAGACGGUUUUCACAUCGUGCUCCUCCUUACAAUGCCGUAC